AUGAUGAUCAGCCGAACACUACCAGCCACUCCUACAAUCCUUUGGACUACGAUUUCUCCUUCGAGGAUAGAUCGAAAGACGUCUUUGAUGAUUACGACAAUUGUGAACCCGGAAGAGCCUGAUGACUGGGAUAAUAAUGUCAACAAACACCAACCCCUUCCUCCUGCUGGCGUAUUAUCCGCAGGCGAUGUCCAUGAUUAUAAUAACGAUAUUAAUAGAAGUAACGAACGGCAAGAAGGUUACGGCCAUUCUGAACUUGACGCCUACUUAUCGAGCGGCAAUCAAGGUCUUGGCGAGGGUCACAACCACCACCAACAUCCUCAGGCUCCCAUCCCAUCCUUCGAUAUCAUCCCUCCCGAAAAUAGCCAUAACAAUGUGAAACCUCAUGCAACGGAUAGAGAUUAUCUUCCCAGUCAACGGGCGAGAUAUAGUUACAUGAAUCAUCAGCCGCCAGUGGCAAGUUCUACACUUACUUCCGACCCUCGUCAAAGCCACGGUGCUGGGCAAUGGCAGCGCCGAAGUCAAUAUGAUGACUACCAGCAACAACAAGAUUACCUGGUCGAUGAUUGGCCAGUGGAGGCGAUUUUGUAUCAGAAUCAGAACGAGAGCCAGGAGAGGAGAUGA